GCUGAAGCCAGAGCUGGCAGGGCACCACCCACUCACUGACCGCUGACCGCUGACUGCUGACUGUGACAGACACUGACCACACAACUCAGCUUCUCGACAGAGGUGUUAAUCUUGAGGGUCGGACACUCCGUCCUGCCCACCGUGGUCCCGUCCUCUCAGGAUGAUUCCCAAGGAGCAGCACGAUCCAGCAAUGACUGUCAUGGGGGACCUCACUGGGCCAGAGCCUUCUCUGGACCUGGGGAAGAAGGUGAGCGUGCCCCAGGACCUGAUGAUAGAAGAGCUGUCGCUGUGCAACAAUCGGGGCUCUCUCCUCUUCCAGAAGAGGCAGCGGCGGGUGCAAAGGUUCACAUUUGAGCUUGCAGCCAGCCAGCAGGUGAGCCUCGCCGGCUUUGACUGCGCCCCCCACAUCCCGGCCGGAAGCACCAAGGGGAAGGCGACCGAAGCUUCGGAACCCGGACUGGUCGCCAACGGCCCAGAGGGGCAGAACUACAGCUCCGAGCUCCAAGUCUUUCCGGCCUCGCUUGGGGGUCCCGAGGGCGCCCGCCCCGCAGCUGCCGGAGAGCAGCGCGCACGAAGCCCCAGCGCCCUAGCGCCAGGCUACUCUGAGCCACUGAAGAGCGUCCCGCCCGAGAAGUUCAACCACACAGCCAUCCCCAAGGGCUACCGCUGCCCGUGGCAGGACUUCAUCAGCUAUCGAGACUACUCGGUCGAGGGCCAGAGACACACCCUCAGCCUUGGUGACUAUCGGAAUUUCAAUAAGACCCCGGUGCCAUUUGGAGGACCCCUCGCUGGGGAGGCCAUUUCCAGGGCAGCCACCCCCUUUGUCCCGGAGCCCUUCAAUGGCUUGGAACUCCUCCGCCUCAGACCCAGCUUCAACAGGGUGGCUCAGGGCUGGGUACGCAACCUACCAGAGUCUGAUGAGCUGUAGCCCCAGUCUGAAGCUUCAGUUCCCCAGAAUUGGGGCACAGGUGACAUCUGGAGCCAAGAUUUGUGGACAGCGCUUUACAGCUUAUGAACAUCUUCAUAUACAAACCAUUAUUGCAAAUGGCCUCGAAGAUCACAAAGUUUAGUAGUCUCCAAAUGCAGAUGUGCUUCAGAAUUACCUGGGACAUCAGUCCUAAAACAGAUUUCUGGUCCGUGUCUGUGGUCCCCACCCCCUCCUCUUGCACCAUCAGAACCUCCUGCGCUGGAAGCCUGUUAGUACCCAGCACUCCAGGUGAUUCCAGUGUCACCUGUCCAUGGUUUGUCUUGCACCUCACUCGAUGGGUGCAAAAUGGGGCACUUGCAAGGAAUCCUUGAGCAGGCCCCCUAGUUCAAGUGAUGAUGAGGAUCGUGGUGGUGGCGGUUGCAUUCUAUUUAGUGUCUCAGUUGGCAAUAUGUUCCCUAUAUAUUCUAUUCCGCAUUCUCCAUAUGGCUGCAUGAUACUUUUCUCCCUAUUUACACUGGUGGAUAUCCAGGCCCAGAAGGAAAUGCCUUGUCUAGGGCAGUCACAAUGACAAUCUGUCUAAUUCAGGGGAUGUGUAUUGUCCCUGGAUGUCUAUUGUCCUGGGUGUUCAAGCCAAUGCCCACUCACCUAUAGUCACUGAUCUUGGUGCCCUGCCUUGCAGUUGAGAGGUUAAGAGUGGAGGCUGGGGUGUCUGAUUAGACGGGAUGGGUUCUGACUCUACCCUGUGAGCCAUGUGACUUUAAGGAAGUCAUUUCAUACCUUGAGCCUGUUUCUCCAUCUGUCAGAUGAGAUAAACACAGAAGCUCCUUUAUGGGGCUCUUGUAAGUUCAGUGAGCACACAUUACUAAGGGCCCAGUGUUAGGCUUCUGGCAACUACUGUUAUUGACCGGAAUAGAUGCUCUUGCAGUGGAUACAGCCAGAGAAGUAAGCUGCCAGGAUUCACUUGGGUUCAGGGAAGCUGGUGCUGAAGGAAAGCAUCUCACUACUGUAGCGCCCCCUUUGGACAGGAAUUUCUCCUGCCCCCUUGCCUCCCUCUGCUUCCUUGACUCCAGGCUGGGUGGAACACUGGUUACAUUUUCCUUUUGCUCCAAAGUUUCAUCCCCUGUUUGGGUCUCAGGGCCAGUAGCCUGUCUCCAAAGAUUGCUUGUAAUUAAUGUGUUUUCUUGAAUUUGUGGGCUGUGGUUUAAAGUCAGGUUUUUCCAAAAGUGGAAAUAAGGACUGAGAUGUAUAAUGGAUGUUGGGAAAUGGAAAGAAAGUGUUCAAAUGGGAAGGGGAACAAGGGAGGAAAGAGGGAGAAAGGAAGGAAGGGACAAGAAAAAAUGAAAAUAGAAGGAAAAAAUGGAAAUAAAGCUUUCAUACAUAGGGAGAGGAAGGGGCUCGUGGGGGUAAUGGGAUAAAAUGAAAAAAUAAAAUUAAGUCAGGUAUCUGUGAGCUGAAGAACACGAAAGGUGUCUGGAAAGUAGAAGACAGACUUGGAAUGGCUUGAGUGGGCUCUGCAGUGCUCUGGAAGGUAACUGCAGCUGCCUUGCAUAGAAGAGAGCCUGGGGAAGGAAGGGAGAGUCCUGGAUCCCAAAGGGGUCCUCAUUCCUUUUUUCUUCUGAUUAUCUGACCUCUGUUGAUGUUAAAAAAUGAUAUUAAAAUGAAAAAAGAGAGAAAUAUGAAAGGAUCUCCCCAAUACAACCUUUCAUCCCCAUCCAUAGUUCCCCACCCUCCCGUAUUCUGCUUCAUUUCUGUGUACCGGAGGAAGCCACGAGAAUUAGUAAAUUCUGUGACUACACCUUGUGUCAAUGGAAUUGUACUAUAUGUUCUGUGCUUUAUUCAGCAAAUAAAAUUCCCAUCCUGAAAAGGCAGGUAAUUAACGUUUCAUGUGAUUUGGGGGCCUAACAAGACCUCCUUGAUAUUUUUGCCUGCUUUUGUUCUUUAUAUAAAUGGAAAGGACCAGGACUAACCAAAACAUUGAGAAACCUAAAGAUAGACACAACAGCAAUGAAUGAAGUGUUACAUGCAGUCACAGAGAUACAUCUCAGUAAUACAAUGGUAAACAAGGGAAGGCAAAUAGUUACAUGUUUACUGAUGCAAAGAAAUGUUUAAUAUAAAAGUCAGAAUAUUGAUUAACUUUGGAAGGAGGGAAGGGCUUGUGAGUAUGAAGGGACAGAAUAAAUGACUCUGGGGUAACUGCAAGUUUUCUGUUUCUAGACCUGGGUGAUUGUUACUUAGAAGUUCACUUUAAAAUAUUUAAGUUGUAUGUUAUGUCUUAUGCACUUUUCUGUAUUUUACCAAAAUAAUCCCUUCUUUUAAAGUUACUGAACAGAUUAAUAGAUUACAUAUGCCUGAAGAGUGCCCAUAAUGCAUCACAUUAGGUAAACAGAAAAUAUGAGAAGUUAAAAGACAUGGAAAGCAAAUAAAAACUCUCAAAACAGCA